ACGAAACAAACACGAAAAACUACACGCCUGCGAAAGCUGUGCGACAACCCCAACCGCACCAAAAAUCUCAUCUCCUCUUCAUCCGCUGAAAUCAAUAUGUCUAUCCCAGUACCAUGUACACGUUUCAGCGAUAAUUACGAAUUAAAGGAAGAACUUGGGAAGGGAGCCUUUUCCAUUGUCAGAAGAUGCGUUCAAAAACAAAGUGGAUUAGAAUUCGCUGCUAAAAUAAUAAAUACAACGAAACUAUCUGCUCGAGAUUUUCAGAAGUUAGAAAGAGAAGCCAGGAUUUGUCGUAAACUAAAUCAUCAAAAUAUAGUGCGGUUACAUGAUAGCAUACAAGAAGAAGGAUAUCAUUACCUAAUAUUUGAUUUAGUUACUGGAGGAGAGUUGUUUGAAGAUAUUGUAGCUAGGGAAUAUUAUAGUGAAGCUGAUGCCAGUCAUUGUAUUCAACAAAUUCUUGAAAGUGUACACCACUGUCAUGUAAAUAGUAUUGUGCAUAGAGACCUCAAGCCUGAAAACUUACUAUUAGCAAGUAAAAGCAAAGGUGCUGCUGUCAAGCUUGCUGACUUUGGCCUGGCUAUCGAAGUCCAGGGAGAACAACAAGCUUGGUAUGGUUUUGCUGGGACACCUGGUUACCUUUCACCCGAAGUGCUUAAGAAAGAUCCAUAUGGAAAACCUGUUGAUAUAUGGGCUUGUGGGGUCAUUUUAUAUAUCCUUCUGGUCGGUUAUCCUCCAUUUUGGGAUGAAGAUCAACAUAGACUUUAUGCACAAAUCAAAGCUGGAGCUUAUGAUUACCCCUCGCCGGAAUGGGAUACAGUUACUCCUGAAGCCAAAAACCUAAUCAACAGUAUGCUGACAGUAAACCCAGCUAAAAGAAUAACAGCAUCUGAGGCCUUGAAGCACCCAUGGAUCUGCCAACGAGAGAGAGUUGCUUCAACACUUCAUCGUCAAGAAACAGUUGACUGCUUAAAGAAAUUUAACGCAAGGAGAAAGUUGAAAGGAGCUAUUUUAACUACCAUGUUAGCGACCAGAAAUUUUUCUAGCCGUAGCAUGGUAAAUAAGAAAUCUGAUGGUGGUUCUCAAGUGAAGGAGUCAACAGACAGCAAUGCAACUCUUGAAGAUGACGAUAUUCGAGACGGUACUCAUUCUGGCCCCGAAAGGAGCAAAACAGUUAUUCAAGUUGAGCAAGUUAAGUCUCCAAUCUCACCACAUCCCCCUGAUAAUAAAUUUGUGUAUAAAAGGCCCUCUGAAACAAGCUCUUCAAGUAUGUCAACGGCUUUAAAAAGUGCUAAUGGACUACUUGAUCCUCGAAAGCAGGAGGUAAUUAAGCUGACUGAACAAUUAGUUGAAGCUGUGAAUAGUGGUGAUUAUGAAUGUUACACAAAAUUUUGUGAUCCUCAUAUGACUGCCUUUGAACCAGAAUCCUUAGGUAAUUUGGUAGAAGGAAUGGAUUUUCACAAAUUUUACUUUGACAAUGUUUUAGGAAAAAAUAGCAAAACUGUUCAUAGUACGAUAUUGAAUCCUUCAGUACAUCUACUUGGUGAUGAUGCUGCUUGCAUAGCAUACAUAAGACUUACACAGUACAUGGACAAAAGUGGCAUGGCCCACACAUUGCAGUCAGAAGAAACACGUGUCUGGUCAAAGAAAGAUGGGAAGUGGCAAAACGUGCAUUUUCACAUGUCUGGAUCUGCAUCAUCCCCAUUUACAGCAGUUCACAAAUAGAGUUUCUAAUCAAAAGACACUGGAUUGCAGUCAAUGAGUGACUUGCACUAGCUGUCUGAAUCAGUGAAAUCACCCCACCUUGGCAUCAACAGAUUUUACUGUAAAACCUUUUACAGGAAUGUCCUCUUUCAAAUCUUUCUGCUAAGUUACUAUUGAGCUGGAGGGGAGCUGUAUGUUGGAUGAAGGUGUGUGAUCAUUUUUAGAAUUCUGAUUGUUUUUGUGUCCUGGACUUUUUUUUUUUUUUUAAGUAAACCUUUUUUUUACCUAUAAUGUGUGCAUGAGAUGCUAUGAAGUGAUUGACGAAUUCAUUUUGUUUAUUUCUAUUGUGAGGUAUUUAAAAGAGAUACAUUUUUACAGGAUUUACUAUGUUUUGAUUUAUAAAAAUUAUAUAUAUUUUUAAUUUUAAAUAUUGGAAUGUUUUUAAUGCUUUAAAAAAUCAUUUUAUUUAAAGCUACAUCAA